GACUUUUAAAACUAAAUUUAGACUUCCUUGUUACAUUAUCACAAUAUUCAUAUCCAUUACGAACAUAAUUCCAGAGAAAAGAAGAUGUUCGAGUGAUACAGAGGUCUUGUGCAUUCAUAUCAUUAACAUCAUGGUUUGGAUUGGAUUCUUUCUAAAGACUGUCAAUCUAAUUCUCGUAGCUGUGUUUGUUUCAUACACAUCUUUAACAUUUGCCCAGUUUACAACAGUGGGAACAAUUGUUAACAAUGGCUUUGAAAAUGAAACACUGUUGUCAACUGUUUCACCGCCAACCACGACAACAGAACUAAUGAUCACAGCUGACAGUGCUAGAUGCCCAGUUGUUAUCAUCUCACCAGGGUUCGUAUCAACAGAUUUUGGAACAUCCGCACAAUUCAUAGCUAUUGUAGAAUCAAAUUUCGACCCAGUACUGGAAUCUAAGUGGUUAAGGCAGCGGUCAAGUAUAACCGAAACUAUCGACAUUAACCACCAGAAGUUCUUAGGUAGUAAAAACCUUCCAUCUCCAGAGCUCCUGAUAAAUAAUGUCACAUUUGAAGAUGAGGCCAACUAUCAACUCCAAGUUCGCAUCGUUGGGGGAUGGUGCUUUGGAAAUACCGUUUCGUUGGAAGUGAGAGGAAUUUUGCAGUUUAACGAUUCGUGCAAUGCUACAAAGGAAUGUGACCAACGCAGCAAUCUGGUUUGUUCGUCAGUAUACAAAAGGUGCAUGUGCAACAGUGACUAUUACCACCGAAAUCGAACUUGUUAUCUAAGGUCAAAUUUAAGAGCUGUGUACAAUUCCUCAGAAAUAACAACUUCUAGUAUAAAAGUGUGGUGGAAUCAUCCAGAUCAGGAUGCGGACCUUGUGCAAUCAUACAAUGUUUCACUCCGAGAAAUAUAUAACUCGUACGACCACAAUGCAUCUGCAGAAUUACAAACAAAUUACACAUUUGUAUCUUCUUUUACCCCAAGCUUUUUGUACGUUUUUGAAGUAUCUUCGAAUGUGAUGCUAAACGACCCAGAGGAAACAUUUAUUGUGAAAAUUAACGCUAUCAAUUUAGUAGUUGAGCCACAGCCUCCCGGACCGAUUGACAAAAAUUCCAGUAACUUUCAUCCGCAGACGCUAUAUCUGAAGUGGGAAAAAUCUAAAAACAGCUCUUAUGUAAAUAUGUAUCGAGUUAUAAUACAUGAUGAUGGGAACGCGCGGUAUACUUUUUGGACCACAAAUUCAUACUCUUCUGGGAUGUAUGAAUUAGAACCAGGCAGAAAUUAUACGGUACAAAUAGAGGCAAUAUGUUGGUAUUAUACCAGUUAUAGUAAACGGAGUCCUGCAUACACUGAAAAAAUCGAGACGCUGCGUGUUCCUAAAGUAACCCUUCCUCGCUCGUCAUAUACCAUAUGGUUUCUAUCAAACUUUGAAAUGGUUGCAUCAGUUCUGAACGUCUCCGAUUUCCCCCCUGCGACGUCCACAAAGUGGCAAAGAAACGGUCAGUAUAUCAAUAUCAAUGACACCCGAUACAAUGGAAGUACGGAGGACUUAGUUGCCCCAAAGUUGGUCAUCAACAAGGUGGAUUUUGACAAUGACCAUAGAGCACAGUACCGAUGUGUAGCAACCAAUUCCGAAGGAUCGUGGACCAGCGGCAGUACAAGAUUGUACUUGGAAGGGAACCUCGACUUUCUAGAGACGUGUACUCGGUAUGAAGAAUGCUCAUCAGAAAAACACCUUACAUGUCGACAAAACAAAUGUCUUUGUAAAAAUCGGUCGCAUUACCAUAAAAACCGUACAUGUUACUCCCAACAUCGGUUGCGAGUAAACAAAUUGGAUAUUGACAAAGACACAUGUGAAGCAACUCUAAGAUGGAGUCAUCCAUCUGAGGACUUAGACCUCAUCUCAAGUUACAUUGUUACAAGAUAUUCGAUUGACAAUAACGGAUUCUGGUGGUUCUUUGACGAAAAAGUCUCCGUAGGGAUCGUCACUCAAUAUAGUACAAGCUGUACUUUGCAACCAGGACGUCUUUACAAUUUUGAAAUUAGUCAGAAUGUAUCACUUACUGAUCCAGAUGAAACAAUUGAAGUUUAUUCAUUAUAUCGUCGCGUUGUCAUGGAACCACUGCCACCUGGAAUACUUAAUAGAGAGUUGAGCAAUUUUUCAGCGAAUCAUUUGUUUCUAAAAUGGAAUCCACCGGAUGGAAAUACUACACUGAAUCACUACAGAGUAGUAAUUGAUGGUUAUCAGCAGCAGACUCUCGGUAGUACCCCAGAAAUCGAUUGGCAUAAAACGCUAACGCCUGGAACUAUUUAUAACGUAACAAUUACAACAAUAAGUCAUGGCGGUUUCAAUAGUUGGUGGUACCCGGAUGAAACAGCAGAAAGUAAACCUUACACAGAUUUGAUAGAAAUUGAUGCAAGUAUUCCUGGAGGUUAUUCGUAUUUGUCUUUUGGUGAAGGGGACGAAAAACUCAUAGGAGAUGAUGUCAAAAGUGAUAUUCUUAAAUCUCCUACAACUAUCUAUGCAGGGGAGGGCUCUGAAGAGGGAUUUAACUUUGUUCAAAUUGGCUCCAAUGGUGUUAUUGGACUUGGAGAACAAGAUUUUAACAGUUUUACAAUAUAUGAUAUCAAUACGGAGACGGUUAAGGGCAAACGCAUUAUUUGUCCAUUUUGGACGGAUCUUAUUACAUCGGGCGACGAUAGCUAUAUUUACUUCCAAACAUAUCAAAGGGGCAGUGGUGCAGAAAGCGAGCUUUUUUUAAAAAAAGCAAAUACCAUUGUACACCGUCAAUUUGGCGACUUUUCGGAGUUUAAGGCAUCUUGGCUUGUUAAAGUCACCUGGAAAAACGUAAAAUUUUACGGUGAUUUGUCCAAGAACGUAACUUUACAGUGCCUUCUGAUUACGGAUGGUCAAAGUACCUUCACUGUCUUCAAUUAUAUAGAUGUUGAUUUACAAGCAAUUGAAAAUAAAAAUAUAACUAUUGGCUACCAAUAUGGGUCGGUAUUCGAGAAAAACCCUUUUUCAUACAAAAACGCAGCCUUCAAAAUGAGUACAAUUCCUGGAAAUAGAGGACUAAAAGGUUUCUGGAUAUACAAAAUGACGGUAGGGGUUCCUCUAAACAACGAUGAAAAGGAAUGUUUUGAUUGGUACACCAGAAAUAAGGACCAAAAAGCAUACAGCCAGUUGUCCACAGUUCGAGGUCUAAUUAGAUGUCCCUGUAACAACAUACUUCUCAGAUUUGACCCCCGAUAUGCAAUUAGCAGAUAUGACAGGUCCAACAAUGUACUUUGCUACGCUUCCAUGAUUACUGGAAGAAAUGCGGAAUGUUGCUAUAGAAUGCAUGGGUCGAUUAAUAAUUUGGGCGCUCUGGAACGAUUUUUACCAUCCGCUGGAACCCUUUUGCAGCAUAAUCCAUUUUUCGAACGACGGAAAUACAUCACUGACGACUUCAAACCAAGAGAAGCAUGCUGCAUAAAAACCAAACACUGCAAGUGGUUUUAUGAGGUCCGCCCUAUUCCCUGGUGUUAUCUGAGGUCCCCAUUUAAUCCCGCACUGAAUUUUGGAGAUCCACAUAUUGUGACACUGGAUGGAUUAAACUACACGUUUAAUGGUUACGGAGAAUACACAAUGUUGAACAUAUCAAAGAAUACAAUACAGUUUGACUUCCAGGCGAGAACAGACCUGGCAACAACAGCUAACAGCAGCAAUAUAAAUGCCACCAUAUUCAGUGCGUUUGUGGCCCAAGAUCAGACUGGAUCAAAAUUGCAGAUUGAUAUGUCGCGGGACAAAACAAGGAUGCUUGUAAGAGUCAAUGAAAUGGACAUGACGAAAGAAUUUGAAAAUGCUUCUUUUGAUUUUUCGAACCAAAACAUGUUUGUUCGAUGGGAAAAUCAAACUUUAUCGGCUUCAUUCUUGCAAACAUCUGUCAUUCUUAAAGUCAGCCUGGGCGUGCGAUUUCUGGUAUCAGAGGUGGUGGUUGACAGUGAAUACAGGGGUCAUGCGAAAGGAUUGAUGGGGAAUUUCGAUGGGGACGCUACGAAUGAUUUUGUACUUCCAAAUGGCACUUUUUUGGAUAUAAAUGCAACUAGAACAGAGAGGAAUAUCUACAAUAACUUUGGUCAAAAAUGGCUUGUAAACGAAAAAUCUCUUUUUCACUACGACAAGGAAUUAACAUUUCACAAUUACACUCACCUUGACUUUGAGCCAAUAUUCUUAGACGAGGUGGAUAAAAAUCAAUUGGAGGACGCUAAAACAAAAUGUGGUCCAAAUCCUUCCCAAGCCUGCAUCUUCGAUUAUCUGGCAACUGGAGACAUAGCUCUUGCAGAGUCAUCAGGAACGGAGGAAGUGUCAGCACAGUCCGAUAAGAUCAUAGUUGAAAACGAAUCGCCUAGCAUAACAGGGAAUACUUCAAUCAAUGUGGAAGUGAACAAGACUGUGUAUAUGCAAUUCAACGCAUCUGAUGACAACACAAUAAAGCCUGAAUAUAGAGUUCUGAAAUACCCAGAUGGUUUUGAAUUAAAUCAAACAACGGGCUUAGCCACGUGGACACCAAACAAUAGCAAUAUAUCAGAAAUUAGCAUCAGUGUGAUAGAUAGUAUUGGAGCUGAAUCGCCAUCUCUUGAUGUGACAAUUGUUCUAUGUGGUGGAUGCGGAAGUCAUGGACGCUGCGAUUAUGACAACGUUAUACCCACUGAAAAUGCCCGCUACAGUUUGGCAGCGUGUGUUUGUGAUAAGGGCUAUUCAGGUUUGAACUGUGAACUUGAUACGAACGCCUGCAUUAACGAACCGUGUCCUUUACUUAGAAAUUGUACUGACCUUACACCAGAAGAAGAAAAUCGUUUGGGUCGGGGUUAUAACUGUUCUGAUUGUCCAAAAGGAUACAAUGAUAUAGAUAAUAAAUGUGAAGAUAUAAAUGAAUGUCAAGGAAAUGGAACGAACAUUUGCAGUAUUCUGUCAGAGACUUGUGAAAAUACUGAAGGAAGUUACAAGUGUAUUUGUUUACCUGGCUUUAGAAAAGACAACACUUUAUGUCAAGAUAUCGACGAGUGCCUAGAAAAGACUUCAGGAUGCGAGCAACUGUGCAAUAAUACACCUGGGGCAUUUGUAUGUCAGUGUUUCCAAGGUUUUUCCUUGAAAAGUGAUAAAACUACUUGCUCUAAAUCAGACGAAAACCCUUGUGAGAGCUUCAACAAGACUUGUGAGUACACUUGUGAUCCGACUGAACAAAAAUGUCUCUGUCCAAUUGGUUAUCAACUAGCUGAAGACGGACAGAGUUGUACAGAUGUAAAUGAGUGUGCUGCAAAACCUUCACCAUGUGUGCAGGAAUGCACAAACACCAAUGGUUCAUUCCAAUGUUACUGUCGUCCUGGGUACACGUUAGAUAAAGAUAAAGUUUCAUGUACAGAAUGUGAAGAACAAAAUUUCGGUGAAAAUUGUAGCCAAAUAUGUACCUGUGGACAAGGUAUGGACCGAUGUGAUCCCGUGAGUGGCUGUGUCUGUAAAUCUGGCUGGACUGGGUUGAAUUGUAUGGUAGAUAUCAAUGAGUGUGAAAAUGAAACCAUUUGUGAAAAUGAAAAGGUCUGCCAAAACUUUGAAGGAUCUUACCAAUGCAAUUGUAGAGUCGGCUUUAAAAGGAAUGGAGAUUUUUGCGAAGAUAUUGAUGAAUGUUCGGAUUUAACAUUAAACGAAUGUCCCGAUGAUACUGAUUGUCAAAAUCUCCAUGGAAACUACACUUGUAAUUGCAAGUCAGGAUUUCAAAAAAAUGCUUCCGAUUGUGAGGAUGUAGAUGAAUGCUUGAGCGGUAUAUCUGAUUGUCAACACAUUUGCAUAAACACUGUCGGGGGAUUUAACUGUGAAUGUGAAUUUGGAUAUGCAUUACAUGACAUCGACAGAAAAACAUGUGAAAAGGUCGUCAACAUAUGUGCUCUGUUCCCUGAAUUGAACUGCAGCUAUGGAUGUCGGCUAGAAAAAAAGUCCAAUGUUAGUAAAGGAUAUUGUUUUUGCGAAUCUGGAUUUAGGAUUGACUUCGAUAAUAGCUCUUGCGAAGAUAUAAAUGAAUGUGAAGAUUCAAGCACAUGUCAACAGAAUUGUACAAACACAAAAGGCUCGUUUGGAUGCUCUUGUACCAUUGGAUACGUAUUGACAAAUGAUGGGAAAUCAUGCAAAGAAUGUGUCGAUGGUUUGUACGGAGAAAAUUGUAAAGAACAAUGUAAAUGUGGCGAAGGCUCGGAAAGGUGUGACCAUAUAAGUGGAUGUGUGUGUAAAUCUGGUUGGACAGGACAAUUUUGUGAUACAGACAUUAAUGAAUGCAAUAACACUGAAAGUCCAUGUAACAACACCUUUGAAGAAUGCAUUAAUUAUGAAGGUUUUUUUCAAUGUGUUUGCAAAGAAGGUUUCGAACGAAGACCAAACAGCAGCUGUAAAGAAUGUGCUUUGAACACCUUUGGUAGAAAUUGUUCAAAACAGUGUUCGUGUGAUUUCACAAACACUCAGUCAUGUGACACGAAAAAUGGAACUUGUUACUGCAAAGAGGGAUGGCACGGUGUUGAUUGUACAGAAGCCGUUCUCAGGUGUGCUAACACAACCAUCUGUGGUCCAAACGCUAAAUGCUCGGAGAGGAACGAGUCAUACGUAUGUAAUUGCGACGUUGGAUAUAAAAAGGAUGCUACUGGGUCUUGUUCCGAUAUCGACGAAUGUUCACUCAAGACUGAUAAUUGUGACUCGAAUGCCGUCUGUGCUAAUACGGAAGGCAAUUUCACGUGCUCUUGUAAAACUGGAUUUAGUGGUGACGGUCAUUUUUGCGCAGAAAAAGUAACCACAUAUAUUCCUCAAACUACUGAGAUUAAACUAAGGGUAGUUGCGACUUUUGGAGAGAACAUAUCACUUAUAAACUAUGGCCGUGUCGUGCGAAACAUGGAAUCAUCUCUCACUUUUUUCUACAAAGGCCGAAUUGCUGGAUUCAUCAAAAUACUCAUUCUUGCAAUAAGGAGAGGAAGUACAAUUGUUGAACAUGAAGUUAUCGCGAAAAAAACCGAAAAGGCAAAUCAAGAUCUUGUGGCGUCCAUGUUUAUUUUGUCUAAAACCAACAUUGAGUAUGAUACUGAGAACCUUACAACUAUAUCUGUAUCAGUAAAAGAUGGCACUGGAAAGCAACUAGUUAUCACCAAUGCUUCUUCAAAAUGCGAAGUGUAUGUAAUUAGUUAUCCAUGCAAAGAACAUGAGAAAUGUGAGGAAGACAACAGUAAAGCUUAUUGCCGCAAAGAAAUGACGGAUUCGAAUAACAACUUUCAGUUAAUUAUCGGACUUGGGGUCGUAAUGUCGCUGUUGACCCUUGCUGGUUUCAUCGGGGUCAUCAUUAUCUGCUACGUUCGAAGAAGACAAAAUCUUAAGAAAAUGUCAAUACCGCCUUUUGAUAGUAAAUCUAAAAAUACAUUUGCCUCUGGAGUGCCCAUAAAAUACAACAGCCAGGCUAGAUAUGAAUCUCCAUUUUCUCUGCAUUAUUGGACAGGACUUAGAGACGGAAUCGGAAGGGAUGGAUUUGAUGACGUUUACAGUACAAGAGAAUCCUAUAGUUAUGACAAUACUGCACAGGCAGGGAUCUCAUCGGAUUUCAUGUAUCAAGCGGUACAACCAAACAAAAAGUUUAGAAUCAAACGUCCGGAAAUUAGCUCAAAACCAUUGAACCAAGAGUGAUAAUGAAGAAAAGAAGAAAAUGUUCAAGCUGCUUUUAUAAAAAGCAGCAUGAAGAUAUUUGCUGUAUUUAAUCACCAACCUUCAAUUUCAAUUGUAACAUUGAUACAUGUAUAUUUAAUCAUGACCAUUAAAAACAUAUCAUAAAAGAAAAAUUGCACAAGAGAAUAUAUAUUCAAAGAAAAGCAUAAUUGUACAUCGUGACAAGGCUUAAAAAGAAAUGAAUUUAAUAUGUCUACUAAAAACAUUUAAUGUAUCACCGUUUAAUAUAAAUAACAUUUUAUGUUAAAAAAAAUUAACAUGUGAGUAGGUUUUUUUAUAUAAUGCAGUUAAUGCAUUUAAUAUAUAUACAUACAUCCAUCCAUACAUACAUAUAUGUUAUAGCGAAGUCCUAAGGACAAAUGAAUUAACUUCAUGAUAACCGUAACUCGUUAUAGCCGUAUAAUGACUUCGUUAUAAUUAACAAUAGCGAAUUCACUAAAUACAUGUUUUCUCUGACCAGGCUUUGAUUUUUGCUAAUUGAGGCUUAAACUAAAAAUACAUUACUUUAAAUGCCUUUAAAUAUUUGAUUGUGAAUUAAAAACAUAUCAAAAUAAAUUCAUUCAAACUAUUAUGUUGAAUAGUAAUGCACGUUCUUUUUAAGCUGGAAAAAAAUUCGUUAUAAAAGUUUUAAAUUUCGUUAUUAUUCACCGCUACGGGACUUAAAAUCAGUAUUUUACGGGAAACUCAAAAAAACUUCGCUAUAUCCGAGAAUUCGUUAUAUCUGUGUAUAUACGUAAUAUUCCAGAGAUUUUUUUUUCAAUUUGUACGAGAUGCUUCUUAAUUGUUCAAUGUAUUGCCUGUUUUUGGUAAUCUUGUAUAUGUGUUGCUUGUACGUUUUCAAUACGACGUAUAUCAUUAUAAAAUUAUCAUAUUUGUAUGGUAUCUAGUACAUAUGUAUCCUGAUAGAUGUUUUAUAAUAAAAAUAGUUUAUUCUCA